AUGAGAUCAAUGCUGCAAGAAUUUUUUGCUUCGAGCGGCUCAAAUUUGUCAUUUGCCGACGAUAGACGUCGCUUACUCGAGGACAAAGAUCUGACCAAACGGAGCAGCUUAAGAUGCUCACACCCGUUUAUCUAUGAGCAAGGCUUGAUCCGAGUUGAAGGUUGGCUUGAUCACUCUACUCUAACCAACGGAGAAAAGCAUCCGAUCAUACUCCCUGGAGGCUGUUUGCUGACCAAAAGACUCGUUCAGGAAGCUCAUAGUUUAACCAUUCACGGAGGCCCUCAGUUGAUGCUCUCGGUUCUCAACUCGACGUUCUGGAUCAUUCGGGGUACGAGAGUCAUCACGGCAGUUUUUCACCAGUGUGUCUCUUGCGCACGAUACCAAGCUAAGAACGCAAGUCAACUAAUGGGACAACUUCCAGCGUAUCGUCUAACCCCAACUCGGCCUUUCACAGUUACAGGGCUUGACUACGCGGGGCCCCUGUCAAUCCUGUUCUCUAAAGGCAGAGGGGCUAAAAGCACUAAAGGUUACGUGGUAAUCUUUAUGUGUAUGGUGGUUAAGGCCAUACAUAUUAAGGUGGUAUCAGAUUUGACCGUUGACGCUUUCUUGGCAGCGUUUAGCCGUUUUUGUGCAUGCAGAGGUACUUGCUCGACUUCAAUUUCAGAUAACGCCUCAACAUUCAAGGAAGCUGCCCCGCAGCUCAACAAACUGUUCAACGAGUCAUCUGCAUUUGUCGAGGGCGUCAACAGCCAGCUAGCCAUAAGAGGUAUAAAGUGGACAUUCAUACCUCCUCGAGCGCCGCACUUUGGUGGCACAUGGGAGUCAGCAGUCAAGUCCAUCAAGCACCACUUCAAGAGGGUGGUCGGAACAUCAACCUUUACCUUUGAAGAAUUGGCAACUUUAUGUGCCAAGAUAGAGGCCUGCUUGAACUCACGCCCUCUUUGUCCCCUCAGCUCCGACGAAGCUUCAGCUGUUGCUCUGACUCUAGCGCAUUUUUUAGUGGGUUCUUCAUUACUGGCCUACCCUGAGCCCUACUGUGAACAAUUGAUCGUCAAAAAUAAUACUAACACUAAUAAUAACAGUAAUAAUAACUUCUUUUGGGCCAGGUGGAAAAAGGAGGUGCUGCAUCACAUGCAGCUUCGCAACAAGUGGCUAAAGCCCCAGCCAAAUCUACAGGUCGGUGACAUCGUUCUCUUAAAGGAGGACAAUAUUCUGCCAAGCCAUUGGCCAUUGGGUCGGGUGACAAUAACUCACAAAGGGGAUGACAAUUUGAUACGUGCAGUAACUGUACAGACGACCACAUCCACCUUUAAGCGACCAGUGGUCAAAUUGGUGAAACUACCCACUGAAUCGGAGCUUCAACGUUGUUAUCAAGAUCACUUCAAGAACCAAGCAAGUGACCAAGUGCAGUAA